AUGGAUUUCGCAAACGAUGCGUUCCAAUUCUAUACCAUUCACCAGAAGGACCAUCACGGGGGAGACAAGGCGAUGGAUCCAAAACACGUGUAUGCAAACACCACCAACCCUUCCAUAUGCCCGAUCUUGUCGUUAGGUGUUUACUGGUUGAUGUUCCCAGUGGACCACUCAACGUCAGGAGGUCGGUUAUUCCCAGGCACCAGCCAAUAUGAAAGAUUCAGAAAACUUUUCAGCAAAAGGUUGUUGCAGGACAAGGAUGUUCUUGUAGCUCUUGAGAACAACGGUUUACACGUCGGAGACUUAGGCACACAUAGUAUCAGAAAAGGAUCGGCUACAUAUACGGCGUCAGGA